CAGAGAAUUGAAAUCCUACCAAUUCAAUUCCCACAAGUUGUAAUUCAUUACAAUUCGACUAUCAUUUCUACGAGAACUGAAUCAUUCCUUUGCCCAUUAUAGUUUCAGCGGCAUUGUUUCAAUUUAACAUGGAAAUUUCAAGUCCUCUUUAUAUCUCUUUUUCUUUCUUCAGCAAGUAAGGCAUUUUUGCGGGUAGCAAAUCUCGUGACCUCCAAUGGAAGGUAAACAAGUAGAUGAUAUAAAAUACAAGGAUGGGGGACAGGCAGAGGGUGCAAAAUUCAAAAGAUGGGGUUGGUGUUUGCUGGUGUUGUUGAUCGGAGCAAUGGUUGCAGCAGCAGCUGGACUCACAGUUUGGAAGAGUUUAAAUCACUUCAAGAAAAGUUCAGCUCACCAUGGAAUCAUUACUCAGAAAUAUGCAGAUGCUCUUGAAGUCGCCUUGCAAUUCUUUGAUGUACAAAAAUCUGGGAAGCUAGAGAACAACAGGAUUCCUUGGAGAGGGAAUUCAGCGUUGCAAGAUGGAAGGCAACAGGGAUUGGAUUUAUCAAAAGGAAUGUACGAUGCUGGUGAUCUUAUCAAGUUUGGUUUCCCCAUGGCUUUCACUGCAACAAUGUUGUCCUGGGCCAUUCUUGAAUAUGGAGACCAUAUGAAUACAGUGAAGCAAUUGGGGCAUGCUCAGGAGUCACUGAAGUGGAUCACUGAUUAUCUCAUCAAUGCACAUCCUUCUCCAGAUGUGCUCUACUUCCAGGUGGGCGAUCCUGAUAUAGAUCACAAUUGUUGGCAAAGACCAGAAACCAUGACAGAGGAAAGGCCGCUAUUACAAGUUAAUGCAUCUUUCCCAGGGACAGAUGUAGCAGCAGAAACUGCAGCUGCAAUGGCAUCAGCAUCUCUUGUGUUCAAGAAAAUUAACUCCACUUAUUCUAAUUUGCUUCUCACGCAUGCUCAGCAGCUCUUCAAUUUUGCCGAUACUUACAGAGGUUCCUACAGUGUGAGCAUCCCCCAAGUGCAGAAAUUCUACAACUCCACAGGAUAUGGAGAUGAACUCUUGUGGGCAGCUGCCUGGCUUUACCAUGCAACUAGAGAUGAAUUAUACCUUAGAUAUGUAACUGAAAUGAAUGGAGAAGAAUUCUCCGACUGGGGAAGUCCAACUUGGUUUAGCUGGGAUGACAAGCAUGUUGGAAGUCAGGUUCUGUUAUCCAGGAUAAACAUGUUUGGUUUAGAAGGGAUGUCAACUGAGGAGAAUCUUGAGCUUCAGAUGUACAGAGAAACAGCUGAAGCCUUCAUGUGUGGGCUUCUUCCAGAUUCACCUACAGCUACAUCUAGCAGAACAAAAAACGCCCUGAUUUGGGUUUUGAGAUGGAAUGCUCUGCAAUACUCUGUGGCCUCUGCAUUCCUAGCUGUUCUAUUUAGUGAUUACAUGGUUGCCUCCCAUAUUACAACUUUAUAUUGUAGUGGGAAAUUCUUCACUCCAGCUGAUCUUCGCAACUUUGCCAUUUCACAGGCAGAUUAUGUCUUGGGAAAGAAUCCAAUGGAGAUGAGUUUUGUUGUAGGGUAUGGAGGAGAUUACCCACAAUAUGUACACCACAGGGGAUCAUCAAUUCCAGUUGAUGCCAAAACUGGGUGUGAAGAUGGAUUUCAAUGGCUUCACUCAUCGAAUCCUAAUCCAAAUUUGGCAGUUGGAGCUCUAGUUGGAGGGCCAUUCUUCAAUGAAACCUAUAAUGACUCGCGAGAAAAUAUAGUGCAAGCUGAACCAACUACCUAUAACAGUGCUCUCAUUGUUGGCCUUCUCUCGGGCUUAGUCUCCACUUCUUCAGUGGGUCAGUCUUUCACAUAGUACAAUGCUUUGUAAAUAAUGUAGGAGUGCCUCAGAUGAUUAUAGUUCUUUGAGGCUUGCCUUUGGGACUUAGAUUCGUAGUUUAAAGCCUGCCUAGAGAUCACGUGAAACUUGGAUUUGGUUGCACAUUUAGAACUGAAGAGGUGAUCUUCAUGUAAAUAACUGAAAUAGAGUAUUUUUAAAACA